AUGACCGCCUUGCAGAUUUUCGACUACGAGAGUCUCAGAACACCAAAGGAAAUCAUUGGUUUGCUGGACGAAAUCAUAGAGCACUUAGACGAAGUCCUCUCGAUCGCGAAAGGGGAGCAGCCGAACAGGACUGCAUUUUUGACUCCCCACGAUGAGACCUGGAUAUCCGGAGAUGACGGCCACACCAACAGUACUCUGCUUCAGGACCAGCAAAUCUCCGAAAUAGACGAGCUACUCGAAACUGUGGCAGAUUCUAUCUCGGGUCUUUUCAGAAUUUCAAUGCUCAUUCGAAAGGCUACACCGCGAGACCGCUUUCAAAAGGCUGCCACUGCGGCAACGGAACCCUUCGACGACCUCUACGAUAUCGCUCACGUAGCUCACAAGUUUCCAAAGCUAGAAGAAGAGAAUAUGAAAUGGCUCAAGGUGCGCCUCGGACGGGCAAUUACUCGGCGAAGACAGUUUCUUCGAUAUGCUCGAGAUCAUCAUAAAAGGCCAUCGCACGCUCCGAAAACUCUGCCCAACGCUGGAAGAGAAGACCAGAGGGAACUUCUAGUGCGAGAACUAGACAGACAAGCUGGGACCAGGAUUCUCGCACUAGAUACGCGGUCAGAAGCUAUUAGUAGCCUCCCUCAAACAACAGCCUCAACAUUAGCUCCUUUGAUCCUGGAGAGCAUCCAAGGGGACAUUGAAGACGGCCGGUCGCAGACGUCCUUUGCAACUUCUGUGGCUGAUGAUACCGAAGAGUCUAAGCUUCGCGUUGUGCCUCUCAAAGAUGUCGCAGGCGGGAAAGUCCCUUUUGAAUGUCCUUAUUGCUGAGACAUCCUGACCAUCAUAUCAGAGCGGUCGUG